AUGGUCUCGCACGCAGGACCUAGCAGGAAACAAAUCCAUAGAAUCUCAGCUAACAAUAUCGACAUAGGGUUCGGAAGCAAUCCCAACACAGCUGGUCCGCUCUUUGGCAAUAUACCAGCCUCCACUCCCUUUGGCUCUAGUGCUCUGAGCACCACCUCUGGUUUUUUGGGCAACACGGCCAGUAAUACAGGUGGAUUCGGUAGCGGCGGACGUACGUUUGGAAGCAAUACCAACGCAAGCCCUUUCAGAUUUGGACGAGCGACCCAACCUGCUUUUGGCUCGACCUCUCCAUCAUCAUCUCUAUUCGGGCAAGGUGGUUCAGGAACAACCAGGAGUUUCGGUACCCCAAGCGCAUUUAGUUUUGGAACAGCUCUGAGCGCCGGAGCAGUCCCUCCAUCAGAUGGCACUGCUUCAGUACCUUUUGCUCCAACUGUCGAGAGAGACGGUGCCGGUCAAAACAACAGUUAUCAAAGCGUCAGUUUCAUGGCCCCAUAUUCCAAAUACUCUUUCGAGGAACUCCGCUUGGCAGAUUACAAUGCCGGACGCCGAUAUGGUAGUGCCACGUGGCUUGGGGGAAGCUUUGGACCUAGUACUUUCGGCAGAGUUGGUUCGGGCGCCAGGACAGAUUUUGGGCCCUUUGACAGAACAAUGACCUCUACCGGCUUCGGGAGUGAUACUUCGACGGCUGGGUUCGGCGGUGGCGGACUUUUUGGCAACAAGCCCGCUGGAGGACUCUUCGGCCAGCAAUCCUCCAGUGCUCCCUCGGGUGGUCUGUUUGGCACUGCUGGCGGCGCUUCCACGCAAUUUGGUUCCGGAUCCAACCUAUUUGGCAGUUCUGAAACCAGACCCAGUCCUUUCGGCGCCUCCGCACCUUCUUUCUCGUUCGGGAGUAAAGGCACAACCACGGCACCCUCAGGUGGAGGCCUGUUCGGGAGCACUGGUGCUCUAAGCACAACCCCUUUUGGUGGCAAUCAGCAGAAGCCGCUCUUUGGCAGUGGACCAGGAGGGUUUGGGUUUGGGUCAUCGACAACACAAAGUCAACCUUCGGGCGGCUUAUUUGGUCGUCCUGUUCAAGGCACCACGGAUGGUGGUUUCACCGGGGGCACCGGUACUGGAGGUGGUUUGUUCGGGUCGGCCCCCGGCGGCAAACCUCCCACCACGCAAAGCACCUUUGGCGGUGGUGGCACUACCACCGGGGGUCUCUUUGGGAAUGUCACCUCCACACCCCAGCAACAAUCCGGCGGCCUCUUCGGCACUACUCCUGGGUUUUCCUUUGGAACCUCUGCAACCCGGCCAGCCUCAACACCUCUAUUUGGCGCCCCAAGUACAGCUCAACAGCCUUCGGGCGCGACGGGCGGCUUCGGUGGUCUUUUCGGUACUUCGCCAACCUCUCAGCAGGGAGCUCAACAGCAGCCCGACUUCAAAGUUUCGUCUUUGAAUGAUCCCAAUCCAUACGGCCAAUCUUCAAUCUGGACGGGACUACCAAUGCCUACUCCAGAAAAUUCAAAGCCCAUCUAUACUCCUUUAAUUGCUGCUCAAAAGGAAAAGGAGAGUCAGUCGAAGCCACGGCCAUCUCUGCGACUUCGUAAAUCGUAUGAAACGACUCGUCCGCGUCGCCCCAGUUUUGGCUUCUCUAAAUCGGCCUACCGAGCGCCCAGGACUACUGGUCUAAGUGCUCCCAGUAGCCCACCGCAAUCACGGUACGCUGGCGAUGAGGACAGGAUUCUCAGCCCGGACGCGUUCAGUCCGUCUCGUACAGGGUGGUCAAGCGAAAAUAUGCGCCGCCUGACCAUCGAUCGAAGCGAUAGGAGUGAUCUGUUUCGUCCAUCUUCCCCUGCGUCUCCCCAGCCCUCCCUGGUCAAAGAGAUGGUCAGCGGUGAUUCUGAAGCUGCUAUUACAAACGGAGAGCCGUCAGCAGACUCAAUCAACCAGCGCGACAAACAUGUCACCUUCGACAAACGCAUCCCUAAAGGACAGCCCGGCGGCUUAAACGGCGAGACAGCAGCCUUGGCCCGGAGAGGACCUGACGAAACCGAGGGCGGAGCUGCUCCGCGUGACAGGUCCGUCAAUGGAAGUACAACCCCUGAAGCUGAGCCAGUCAGGGGCAAUGAUUUCGACAUCGUUCCUGGGGAUCGUGAGUCUAUUCAUAUUGAGCCUGAGGAGACAAAUAUGACGACUAGACCUGUCCCACAACCGGGAGAAUAUUGGAUGAAGCCGACUCGUACCGAGCUUGGCAAAAUGCCGCAUGACAAGCUCCAGCAUUUUACUGGAUUCGAGAUCGGUCGACAAGGAUGUGGUCGAGUCAAUUUUAAUGGUCCGGUCGAUCUUACCACUUUGCCUCUAGAUGAUCUUUAUCAAAAAAUCGUCCAGAUCUCAUUACGAUCGAUCACAGUCUACCCGGACGCAAGCUCCAAGCCACCCGUUGGAACAGGCCUGAACGUCCCGGCGACCCUUUCUAUUGAAAACUCCUGGCCUCGUGCUUGCGGCCAGCCGUUGUCUGCGACUAGCCGCCCCCUUUUGGAAAAGCAUAUCAACCGCCUCAAGAAGAUGCAGGGAACCGAAUUCAUCAAUUAUGAAGUGUCAACCGGUGUUUGGACUUUCAGAGUCGCUCACUUCACUCGCUACGCUUUAGCCUUAUAA